CUCCAGACCUCACGGUACAUGUAGUUCUUGCAGGACUUAAAAUCCUAGCAUUUGAUGGCCAAGAAAGAGGCUGGAAGACUCUAAUUCCCAGAGGGAAGAGCGGAAGCUGCGCCUGCGCAAUCUCACUGAGGGCGUGUAUGUCUGUGUGUGUCUUGAGCGAGAGAGCGAGAGUGAGUGAGUGUGAGUGCGGGGUAGGGUGGUGGCCGUUACGUUCGGGGCAACGGCUACGGCAGUGGAGAAGUAAGAAGAGAAACAACGUCUGGUGCUUCCGCCUUCGCUUAAGAGGAGGAGGAGCUAGUAGGGAAAGGAAAGUGAGUCGCCCUGGGCCUGGGCUAGACCGAGUUGAGCCGGUGGAGGUCUGGGGUAUGAGCCAUUGAGGGUCGCUUGGGACGCGGAGCGAGACACAAGACCCGAGCGCUAUGUCUCAGCCGCCGCCGCCGCCUCCGCUGCCGCCGCCACCUCCUCCGCCUGAGGCUCCGCAGACUCCAUCGUCUCUGACGGCAGCGGCGGCUGCUGCUCCAGGGGUGCUCUCCAAGCGGAGAGACCGGAGAAUCCUCUCUGGGAGCUGCCCAGAUCCGAAGUGCCAGGCGCGUCUGUUCUUCCCGGCCUCUGGUUCCGUCAGCAUCGAGUGUACCGAGUGCGGACAGCGGCACGAGCAACAACAGCUGCUGGGGGUGGAGGAGGUGACCGACCCGGACGUAGUGCUACACAAUCUGCUGCGGAACGCGCUGUUGGGGGUUACAGGAGCACCCAAGAAGACCACGGAACUGGUAAAGGUGAUGGGCCUUUCCAACUACCACUGCAAAUUGUUGUCGCCCAUAUUAGCUCGCUAUGGAAUGGACAAACAGACGGGCCGGGCUAAGCUUCUUCGGGACAUGAACCAGGGCGAAGUGUUCGAUUGCGCGUUACUGGGUGACCGCGCCUUCCUCAUCGAACCAGAGCAUGUUAACACCGUGGGCUAUGGCAAGGACCGCUCCGGAAGCCUCCUAUAUUUGCAUGACACUCUUGAGGACAUCAAGCGGGCCAAUAAAAGUCAGGAAUGCCUCAUUCCAGUGCAUGUGGAUGGGGAUGGACAUUGCCUGGUGCAUGCUGUGUCCCGGGCUCUAGUAGGCCGGGAGCUCUUCUGGCAUGCCUUGAGAGAGAAUCUGAAACAGCACUUUCAGCAGCACCUGGCCAGAUAUCAAGCCCUGUUCCAUGACUUCAUUGAUGCUGCUGAAUGGGAAGACAUUAUCAAUGAGUGUGACCCUAUGUUUGUACCACCGGAGGGUGUUCCCUUGGGUCUGAGGAACAUCCACAUAUUUGGCCUUGCCAAUGUGUUACAUCGCCCUAUUAUUCUGUUAGAUUCUCUCAGUGGCAUGAGAAGCUCCGGUGAUUAUUCAGCUACCUUUCUGCCUGGGCUCAUCCCUGCAGAGAAGUGCACUGGGAAGGAUGGUCAUUUGAACAAACCAAUCUGUAUUGCAUGGAGUAGCUCUGGUAGAAACCAUUAUAUCCCCUUGGUAGGCAUAAAGGGGGCUGCUUUGCCCAAACUGCCUAUGAAUUUGCUUCCUAAAGCAUGGGGUGUGCCUCAGGACCUUAUUAAAAAGUACAUCAAACUUGAGGAGGAUGGUGGUUGUGUUAUUGGAGGAGACAGAAGUCUGCAGGAUAAGUACUUGCUUAGGCUUGUUGCUGCUAUGGAAGAAGUCUUUAUGGACAAACACGGUAUCCACCCUAGUUUGGUUGCUGAUGUCCAUCAGUAUUUCUACAGGAGGACUGGGGUGAUAGGAGUUCAGCCUGAAGAAGUGACAGCAGCUGCUAAAAAAGCAGUUAUGGAUAAUCGUCUUCACAAAUGUUUGCUCUGUGGUGCCCUUUCUGAACUUCACGUUCCUCCAGAGUGGUUGGCUCCAGGAGGGAAACUGUAUAACCUGGCAAAAAGUACUCAUGGACAGCUGAGACCUGACAAAAAUUAUAGCUUUCCCUUGAACAAUUUGGUUUGCUCAUAUGAUUCAGUGAAAGAUGUUCUGGUACCAGACUAUGGAUUGAGUAACCUAACAGCUUGUAAUUGGUGCCAUGGCACGUCUGUGCGACGGGUCAGAGGAGAUGGGUCUAUUGUAUAUUUGGAUGGGGACAGAACUAAUUCUAGGUCCACUGGUGGCAAAUGUGGUUGUGGAUUCAAACAUUUUUGGGAUGGUAAGGAGUAUGACAAUCUACCAGAAGCUUUUCCUAUUACUUUGGAAUGGGGUGGCAGAGUGGUCAGAGAAACAGUUUAUUGGUUCCAAUAUGAAAGUGAUUCAUCUUUGAAUAGUAAUGUUUACGAUGUUGCAAUGAAACUUGUUACCAAGCACUUUCCUGGUGAAUUUGGGAGUGAAAUUCUGGUUCAGAAAGUUGUCCACACUAUAUUGCAUCAGACUGCCAAAAAGAAUCCUGAUGAUUAUACUCCUGUAAACAUAGAUGGUGCUCAUGCACAAAGAGUUGGAGAUGUACAAGGACAAGAGUCAGAGUCUCAGCUCCCAACUAAAAUUAUUCUCACUGGACAGAAAACAAAAACCUUGCACAAGGAAGAGUUAAACAUGAGUAAAACUGAAAGAAUUAUUCAACAGAAUAUUACAGAACAAGCUUCUGUAAUGCAGAAACGGAAAACAGAGAAGUUAAAACAAGAACAAAAAGGCCAGCCCAGGACUGUUUCUCCCAGUGCCAUUCGUGAUGGUCCAUCUUCUGCACCUGCUACCCCGACCAAGUCUCUUUACUCACCAACAACUUCUAAAGAGAAGAAGAUCCGAAUAACAACUAAUGAUGGACGACAGUCCAUGGUUACACUUAAGUCUUCAACAACAUUUUUUGAACUUCAGGAAAGCAUAGCCAGAGAAUUCAACAUUCCUCCAUAUUUACAGUGUAUUCGAUAUGGCUUUCCACCUAAAGAAUUAAUGCCACCCCAGGCAGGAAUGGAAAAGGAGCCAGUGCCUUUACAGCAUGGUGACAGAAUUACAAUAGAGAUUCUAAAAGGUAAAGCAGAAGGUGGUCAGUCUGCUGCAGCACACUCAGCCCAUGCUGUGAAACAAGAAGAGAUUGCUGCUACUGGUAAACUGUCAUCUAAGGAACUUCAGGAGCAAGCUGACAAAGAAAUGUACUCCUUGUGUCUUUUAGCAACAUUAAUGGGAGAAGAUGUAUGGUCUUAUGCAAAGGGGCUCCCUCACAUGUUCCAACAGGGUGGCGUAUUCUACAAUAUUAUGAAGAAAACCAUGGGUAUGGCUGAUGGCAAGCAUUGUACUUUUCCACAUCUGCCUGGCAAAACCUUUGUCUAUAAUGCUUCUGAAGAUAGAUUGGAGUUGUGUGUGGAUGCUGCGGGACAUUUCCCCAUCGGUCCUGAUGUUGAAGACUUAGUUAAAGAGGCUGUAAGUCAGGUUCGAGCAGAGGCUACUACAAGAAGUAGGGAAUCAAGUCCUUCACAUGGACUAUUGAAACUAGGUAGUGGUGGAGUAGUGAAAAAGAAAUCUGAGCAACUUCAUAAUGUAACUGCCUUUCAGGGAAAAGGGCAUUCUCUGGGAACUGCAUCCAGUAACCCACAACUUGAUCCAAGAGCUAGGGAAACUCCAGUUGUAAGGAAGCAUAACACAGGGACAGACUUUAGUAGUAGUUCCAUUAAGACAGAGCCUUCUGUAUUCACAGCUGCUCCUAGUAACAAUGAGCUUAUUCGAAUAGCUCCUGGAGUAGCAACAAUGAGAGACAGCAGGCAGCUUGAUCCUGAUUUGAUUGAGGCCCAGCGAAAAAAAUUGCAGGAAAUGGUUUCUUCUAUUCAGGCUUCAAUGGACAAGCACUUGAGGGAUCAAAGUACAGAGCAGUCACCAUCUGAUCUUCCUCAAAGGAAAGAAGCUAUGAGUUCAUCUGUGAAGUCUGGGGGUCUUCAGACCGGCUUACCUGAAUCUUUUUCUUUAACUGGUGGCACUGAAAAUUUGAAUACAGAAACAACUGAUAGCUGUGUGUCCGAGGCACUGGGAGCAGCAUUUGCCACAAGGUCAAAAGCACAAAAAGGAAAUUCCGAAGAGGAACCUGAAGAGAUGGAUAGUCAAGAUGCUGAGAUGACAAACACAACUGAGCCAAUGGAUCACUCUUGAUUUUAUUAGAGGCUAAUAAAACAGAAUGUUUAUUGUGAAUAUGUAAUAUUUGUUGGCUGGGCCACAUAAUUUGAUUAGUCAUUAAAUAUCUUGUACGUAUAUAAUACAAAGAUUAUAUCUUGUUAUUCAGUGCAUGAUACAAGUGUGUGUUUGGCAAUAGCUUUUAAUAUACUGCUGCCCAGGCUGGCUCUGAAUUCCUAAAAAUUAGUUAUUAGAUCUGCUGAGAUGAGUUUCUUCCAUAUAUGUGGUUCCAUUGGAAGUUCUUUGUAAUUUUAAUUCCAUAAAAGUCUUAAUGUUUCAAACAUAAAAAUUUUCUUGUGAAAUACGUUUGAUUUCUGAAAAGGUCAGGACUGGGAGGGAAUGAGAUUUUGCUACUAUUGAUGUCAUCAAGAUAACCAUACCACUUACUAGAAUGUCAAAGAUUUAUGUAAAGUUGAAGGUUAUCCGAACUAAAUUGUAUCUUAAAAUGCAUAAAAGGAUUUUAUUAAACACUGGGAUCCUGACAUUUCCGUGAAUGUAAACAUUCAUAGAGAUAUGCAUUCUUCAUGAAAAUAUCUUGAGAAUAGAGUGUAAUGAUAAAACAUUUUGCUGCUUUGAGCAAAGGAUGGGGAAAAUAUCUGUUCUAGAAUGAUAAAGUCAGUGUGAUUCAGUAAUGUUGUUGUCUGAGCCAACACAGCCAGUUGUGUGCUCUAUUGUUGAAAAUAUGUUACCAUUAUUUUUUGAAUCCUGGCCUGGUCACGUACCACCAAAUUUUUUUUUUUAUCUUGCAGAAGAGUUGGUUGCAGAGUUUGAUAGAAAAUACAAAAAUAAUGGUAGCAGUAGUUAAUCUCUACUUUUCAGAGUUUGUCAGGUUCACAAUUUAUAAAUAAGAAUUUGUCUUUAUGAAUGAGUUACAUUGUUCUACGAUUUUGAUCAGUGGUAUUUAAGCUUAUAUAUGCUAUGUGUCUUUGAUCCCCUUUGAACCAGUUUUCCUUUUUUUCUUCUGAGUCCAUAAGGUUUUCUUUAUUUGUUGGCUUCACUUGGAUUUGGAUGCAAAUUUUACUGCAUCAUACCCUGAUCAACUGGGCAUUUGCUUAAAUAGUGUAUUCAUCAGAUCUUUAGUGCCAGUUUCCUCAAGAAGCAGUGUUCAAGCUUAUUUCUUAAAGACAGAGAAUGUUUAUCCUGAGACUGGUAUUGCACUAUUUUAUCCUAUUUUGCAAAUUUGUAUUCUGAAAUGUACAUUUCAAUCCAUCUUUUUCCUAUGUUCACUGAAAUUAAGUUGAACUUGAAUGAAUGAAAGACAAAAUAUCUGUUAAUACAAUCUCUUAUCUAGAGCAUUCAAAGCCUGGCUGUCUCUGUUUGCACAUGUAACAGAUGCAGAACUGUGUUCGCAUUCUAAGAAAAUGUACAUCAGAAAGUAUAUUAUCAGGUGUUUAAAAAUCUUAACCUGGUGAUUCAUAAGGUACAUAGACAGUGCUUUAAUUUGUGUUUUCAAAUAAGAGAGGUUUUGGUUUCCUUUCUAUGAAAGUAUCUCUAACUGAAUCCACUUACUAAAUGAACUAGUUCAUUUUUGAAUAGGGAAAGAAUGGAGAAUCUAGACAUUUGCAGGUGAUAUCUGAGCAAGAUAAUAUAUUUGGGUUUUAUUACAUUCUCACAUUUUAAAAUUCCAUUUUACAUUUUGUAUCCAGUCUUCUAAAUUUCAAGUACCCUUAUAUCUAAAUAGCAGGAAAAUGUAGAACUUUAAUACUGUGCACUAGUUUUGCAUAAAGGACUGCAGCUACCCAGCUAACAAAUAUUUCCCAUUUAGUUAGUAUAGGUGACUUAUGUGAUUUAAACUAAAAAUUAUAAAUAUCACUAACCACUAUAGUUAUUUUUGGCUUUUCAGCCACUGAAACAUGUCUCCCCUUUCCCUUUAGUUUACAAGAAAACUUUAACAAGUAAGUGCACUGCUUCCAGGUUCAUGAUAGAAUCACCUUUUCUUUUACAAAUAUCUUCUUCACCUGUGGCUUGGUAUGUUUGGUUAGUAAUUGGCAAAUAUACUGUCAUAUCAUAAAAAAAGACUACCAGAAACAUUUUUGUCCCUAUUAAAUACUUUCAUUUAGUCAAGUUAAAGUGUACCUAUGAACAUUUAGAAGGGCUUCAUCUCUGACAAUACUAUUAAUUUCUCUCACCACAGCAAUGCUAUUUAGAAGCCCUAACAGGGUUAACUUAGGUAUAAAUAUCAUAAUAGUUUUGGUUCUGCUGUGAUAAAGAAUAAAAGGCUUAAUUUUGAGAAUGAUUAAAUUUCUUGAAAUUGUUUUAAAGCUGCUGAAAUUUGGUUGAGGUAAUUAAUGGUUUUUGAUAGGUCAGCCAGGUAUCAUCUUUACAAAUAAUUCUAGAACAGAAUUUAAGUUUACUUAAAUAUUAUUGUUUGUCCUUCCACAUGGUUAUCAUAAUCAAAUGUAGGACUAGAGAAUGAUUAUUUUUUAGUACUACUGUUUGUGAUCACCACAACUUUGAGUUCAAGCUAGAGAUCAUAAAUCAGUUAAACUAUUUUUUAUCCCUAAAUGUAGCAUUAUAAACUAUAGUUCAGUCCUAUAACUAAAUUCUGUUUGCAGUGCUUCACUGAAAGUCAAAGUAAAAUUAUAAUUUUUUUCCUUCAGUAAUCCAUUUUAUAGUUAAUCACUCCAAGUUUGAAUUGAUGACCCAAAGUCCAGGCGGAAUUGAAGAUAGUGUAUGUCUAGAAUACUAGUAAUGAGAAACUGGUUGAAAUGGAAGAAAAACAAGAUAACUGCCAAAUAUAAGCUAAAAUGUAAUGAACUCCAAGGGAAUGGUUACUCAGGAACUAGUUAAAGGGCAAGCAUAAGGUCCAUUUCCCCUUCUUUCACUGUUUCAGGUAUUUUACUGGAAAAUGUUAGGAUAAUGACCUGAGAGACUUAGCAAAUUUCUGUAUAUUUUCUGUUAAUUUUUAGUUUGUUUUUACAAUCAAGCCUACUGCUUGGAAUCUGAAAUGUAUCUGUGAUUCCGAGCCACAGGUCCUAUUGCCAUUAUUUUUGAGUAUCUUCAUUGGAAAUGAGUAGACUUUUGUAUAUGGCCUCUUGUCUCAGGGAAGAUCACUUGGUAGCAACUCAUACUACUCAUGACAGGUUUUUGAGAAUUGUACUGACGUCACAUUAGCUACUAAAUGCAAAGUUUAUAAAAGUAUUUUAUCUAGUUACCUAGUAAUUCUGGCUGCUAGUGGACAUUUCUCUAAAAAUUUAGACCUCACUAAGAACUAAUCUUUAGAUAUAAAAUAAACUUGCAACUUCUGAUUUGUCAAUAUAAUGACUAUCAUAAUAUGUUUAUUUCAGAAUAUCAAUAGUUUCCAUUUUUCAACAUGAAUAUUAAUUGGCCCAUACUUAAAAUAUGGCAGAGCAGACUUUGAGUUUGAUGGUUCUCAAAACAAGGUUUCCAUAUUAAGUUCUUCAUAAAAGCCUUUGCAAAAACAGGUUAAACUCCAUCUUAAUGACCUUUUGUAAUAGUAGUAGUGAAGUAAAUGUUCUGAUUAAACUGGGUAGACAUGUCCUACAUUUGAAGGUUUCAUAUAAUUUAACAAAAUUGUACAAUGUCAAGGCCCUUCACAAUUUACAUAAAAAGUUAAUUUUUCAGUCCUACCCGUUGUGGCUCAGUUGGUUGGAUUAUCAUCUCAUAACCGAUAGGUUUCAGAUUUGAUUCCCUGAUCCAGGCGUGUAUGGGAAGCAACCCAUCGAUGUUUCUCUCUCGCAUUGAUGUUUCUUUCCCUUCCUCUCUCCUCUCUCUAAAAGCAAUGAAAAAAUGUUCUUUGUUGAGGAUUUUAAAAAAGUUAAUUUUUCAAACCAGAACUCUUCACUUGAAAACAUACCAUAGUAGAAUGUUUACUUAAGAAAUAACAAAGGGGAGCUAUAGCACCAGUAUAAGGUUUAUAGUUAAUUGUAAGUUCUGUCAUUCUUAAUAAUUCUUUAAGAUAUUAAGUAUUUCAUACUUAAUAAUACUUAAAUCAUGGGAAUUUUAACAUUUGUUCCAAAAUAGCAGAAAUUGUAAAAAUUGUGAAUUAUUGGAGAAAAUGCCAUUACUUGUAUAUCUGACAUUUAAUUUUUUAAAUUAUGGAGUAUACAUGCUUUUGUAGUAUAAUAAUACAAUGAUAUUCUCUUGUAAAAGAAAGGAAAACGAGUAAAAAAGUUUUAGUUGAUGUUAUCUGCUUGUGAGUAUCAAUUACUUAGUAUUUAAAAUUUUAAGGUAUUGCAUACUUUUCUUUAGAAUGUGCAAGUCCCUUCCUGAGCCUUUAUGCCUGUGGUGGAGCAAUAAAAGACUAAAGAGGUUAUCAAUAUUUUCAGGUUUACUCGACUUUAAGAAUUAGUGCCAAGAGCUGAAGAGUCUACUUUUUGGAGGGAAAUGCUAUUGAGAAUAUGUAAAAAUAAGUAGUAAUAGUGUAAAUAUUUGGAAGACAUAGCAAGUGCUUUAACUGCUCAAUAAAACAGUAUAGAUGUUACAUCAUCCUUAAGGCACUGGCUGUUACCCAUUAUUUUCUGAUUUUGUGAUUACUGUAUAUAUUUCUCUGGAGUAAUAAAUAAUUGGUGAUAGUUUAUUAUAACUGUAUAGUGUUCUACAGCACACCUCACUGUACAGUAUUUGUAGUUUUCUUUUGUAUCAAUAAUAAAACAAAAUAAUACAUACUGAUUUUCCCCUCAACUUUUCCACACUAGCUUUUUAAAAUAAUUUUUUAUUUAGUUUCCUGGAAUUACACCUUAAUAUUAUAAUGUGUGAAAAUAUAGUGCUGUUAUAUGAAGGAAUUCUUAGUGUAAUAA